AUGGGGGCGAACAAAGGGCGAAGGGCGAAGAAUCUGUUUAGAAGCUACUAUGUGGCAUUCGACAAGGCCGCGACCGAUCAACCCGAAGUGGUCGAGAAGCACGUCUUUUACAAUCGCGAGAAGGGGAUCCAAAAGACAGUGUACUGUCCUGGAGUUUCGGACAAGAGCAUGGUCACUAUUCCCGAAGGCAAGGAAAACCAGCGCCAAGAACAGCAAGAAGCCAGUGCUGCUGUUACUGCCACCGUCCCCGCCGCUGCUCGAGGUGAAAGCCAAGAUCACGAUCAGAUGAAAGCGGACGUGCAAGCUUUUGGCAGCUGCGAGCAAAGAAGUGAUGCAGCGGCCCAAGCUGAUCUUUCUGAUGCUCCAGAGACCGGUGACUCGUCUUUGGAUCAUCCUGGACCGGGCAAUGCUCCUUCUUCGCAGGAGAGCGAUCGUGCUGAUGCUGCGUCGGCUUUCCAGCGAUGGCGUCAGUUCCAUCUCCAGAGAACUUUCAACCAAGAGCUACGAAGAGUGAAUGAAGUCACUCGCAAGGACGAAGCCAGCAUGGCCAUGGUUGAGCAGGAACGAGCUCAACGGGAGAAAGGAUUAGCUCACGCUCUGGCUGAAUCGGCUUCAUUGCGUGCGCAGCUCUCAGCUAAAGAACAAGAAAUUCAAGCGCUUCAGACUCAAGCUCGCAUGCCUCGUCGGAAGCAAAGAAGAGCCGAAUAUGAUCAAGGCGAGCCAUCGUCUCAAAGGAGGCCACACAGGUCUCGAAGUGAAGAGGACCUGGUGUGGAUAAACCAGCCAAACGUCCAGCGCCAGAAUCAAGAGUUUGCGCUUCUGGCACAAAGCUUGCGAAACAUAGUGAGUGAGGUUGCGAACUUGGAGAACAAGGCUGGUACUACGAUCUCGUUCUCGGAGGUCUACGAAGCAUUUCGAAACAUCGAGGAGAAUAUUGACUCGAGGCUGAAAGGAAACAUUAGAAGACAAGCUCCAGAAUUACGUCCGUAUGUAGAGACUAGUCCCUCGGAGUUUUCAAAGAGAGGCCAUCACGUUCGACCACCACCUUCUCGAGAAGAAGAGCACCGGAAGAGGUUCGCGAGAGAAUGGUCAUCGCAACAACAGCACGGUCGUAGAAACAAUAUAGAAAUGGUUUCGGCGUCCCACGGAGGCGAUCCAUCGAUUUUUGAGAAAGUUGGCAAGGCAGUGGUGUGGAAAUGGCGCUGGGCACUAGCAGUCUCCAAGUCGAAAACACUGUCGAGGCAUCUGAAAAGCUUGAAGUCCCUCUAUAAAGCCCAGCUUGCUCGAAACAUCAACGCGGAGGCGACAUCGUCGAGCACUUCAGUCCAAGAGAUCACGUUUCUGGGCUCCAUGGAGAAGACACUCAUGUCAACUUUGCCGAGCUACAGCAUCGUCUCGUUCGUCGUGUCACUCUGGCGGGCCUACACAGGUUGCACCAAGACUCAGAAGGUUUUCCUCUCGAGAUUGAUUCCCAUCGACAGGAUCAUGGCCGGAUUCCCGCUGUGGAUCGAGAAAAUGGGAGACAAGCAGGUCCUCGAGUACUUCUUCUCGCUCUGGCAGUUUGUGGCCUCGAGGCGGUCAGGAAAACGUCCACGAAGCAGCCAGUCACCGAGACGGUCACCGAGACGUAGUAGACAUCACCUUCACCACGAUCCAGGCCCUUCGAUAUACGAGUCUUUCCAUCACUGCUGCCAUCCAAACUCACAAAGCGAGACCAACAAGACAUGCAGUCCUCACAGGGCAAGGUCCCCGAGACAGGGCCAUGAUCACAGCAAGAGAAGGCCAGCCACUACUGCUGCUCACAGGCUUCGUGUUCCUCCAAGAGCUCAGUCCAAAGAGCCAAACGAGCUGAUGCAGGAGGAGGAGAACGCUGUGGGCGUGGUAGCAGCGAGCGAAAGAACUCCAGCUCCACCAGCCACUGCUCCAGCGGUGGUGGAAUGCGCCUCCAACAACGAAGCUGGUCCUCUGUCGAGUUUUGAGUCGUUUGGCGCGACCGAGAUGUUUCCAGGCUCUGUUCCGUCAAGCAUACCCCUCACCGGACAAACUUUCUCAGCGCAAGCUUUGCGGAGACUACAGAUGCAGCUCCAACACGAGCUCCAAGACAUGCAGCCGCUGUUGUCCAGAGCUACAAAAGCCAUCCAAAACCAGGCCGUGGUGGAUCAAAGUCCCAAGUCUGCGAACUCGAUUGCUUCGCUGUGGAAGGUUUGCAGCACGUUCGAGUACGCACUGACGGAAGCUCGCAACCAGAUGCUGUCCAUAAUCCAUGAGUCCGCGCGUGGAUAUCACAACGGCGCCCUGGAGAUGGAGGAUGCGGACAGAUUUCUUCCCGAGGGCGUGAUCCCAGUUUUCGGCGAGGUGGUGCUUCCAGAAGCCAUGGAGAACUCUUCCAGGAAGUCGUGUGGCUUUCCCAACGUUUUCAGCCUCAUCUCCAAGACGUCGGGGCUCCAACAGUUGCGGAGGAAGUCGUGCCUCGCGGCCCAGUAUGCUGUUGGCUUGAAUCACAAGCUCCAGAAUCUCAAGGACCAGCCCAAGGCUUGGCAGACGUAGACAAGCAGCGUCCGUAUUGCCAAAAGCUCCUUUUCUUGUAUCAUACUUUGUGCUUCCUCCCAAGUUUCAAUCUGACUUCUUCGCCAGCA